GACGUGUUCAUGUGCUUCUCCCAGGAGGAGAAGAGGCUCCUUGAGGAGGCUCAGGGGUGCUGUAUUAGGAUGUGAUGCUGGAGGAUCUUGCACUCAUGGCCUCACUUGGCUGUUGGUGUGGAGUGCAGGAUUCAGAGCCACCUUCUGAACAGAGUGUUUCUGUAGAAGGAUUGUCACAGGCUAGUGCUUCCAAGGCAGGUUUGUCCACCCAGAUGACCCACCCUUGUGACAUAUGUGGCCCCAUCUUGAAAGAUAUUUUACAUCUGGCUGAGCACCACGGAACACAUCACGAACUAAAACCUUACACCUGUGGAGCUUGUGGGCGACAGUUCUGGUUUGAUGCAGACCUGUACCACCACUUGAAGCAAUACAAUGUAGAGAACCCCUUCAGAGAUGAUAAAAGCAGGGCCUCAUUUGUGAAGAAGAAGGUUUGUGAAGAUUAUCACCUGUCAGAGAAGCCCUCUACGUGUAAGGAGGAAUGGAAGAACUUAAGGUCCAACUCUAGCAGUCUCCAGCAAAAGGUCACCCAUGCUAAGAGGAAGAUAUGCAACAAGACUGAGGGUGGGAAAGUCUUUGACCCUGGGCAAAUGCUUUACAAUUGCAGUGACUGUGGGAAAGCAUUUGGCCGCAAAGACACAUUUAUUCAGCACCGGAGAAUCCACACUGGAGAAAGACCUUAUGAAUGCAGCGAGUGUGGGAAAGCCUUCAGCCGCAGAGAUAACCUUGUUCAGCAUAAGCGAAUUCACACUGGAGAAAUGCCUUAUAAGUGCAGUGAGUGUGGGAGAUACUUUAGUCAUCACUCCAACCUGAUUGUACAUCAGAGAGUUCACACUGGUGCAAGGCCUUAUGAGUGCAGUGAAUGUGGAAAAGUCUUCAGACACAAAUCCUCACUUGUUCAGCAUGAGAGCACUCACACUGGAGAAAGUCCUUAUGAUUGCAGUGAAUGUGGGAAAUCCUUUAGUCACAAGUACAUCCUCAUUAAACAUCAGAAAAUUCACACUGAAAUAAGACCUUACGAGUGCACUGAGUGUGGGAAAUUGUUUAGUCAAAGCUCUGACCUUAUGGCACACCAGAGGGUUCACACUGGUGAAAGGCCUUUUGUGUGCAGUGAAUGUGGGAAAGACUUUAUCAGAAGUUCUCACCUUGUUCGGCACAAAAGAGUUCAUACUGGAGAAAGGCCAUAUGAGUGCAAUGAAUGUGGGAAAACCUACAGCUUAAGCUCUCACCUUAUUCGGCACCAGAAAAUUCACACUUUAGGAAGGCUAUAG